AUGGAGGCAGUGCUCAUCUUCCUGUGCUCCCUGCUGGUACCAGCAGCCGUGGCAGAUGUGGCCACCCAGGACAAGGAGGAGGAGGAUCCCUUUAACUAUGAUUACCAGAGCCUGAGGAUCGGGGGGCUGGUGUUCGCCGUGGUCCUGUUCACCGUGGGCAUUCUCCUCAUCCUCAGCAGGAGGUGCAGGUGCAGUUUCAAGCAGAAGCCCAGGGCUCCAGGGGACGAGGAGGCUCAGGCAGAGAACCUGAUCACCUCGAAUGCAACGGCAGCACAGAAAGCAGAGAACUGAGCAGGAGCCAAUGCUACCCAGAGACCCGAGGACAGACGCUCGGAGCACAGAUGCCCGCAGCCUGCGAGGAAACUGAACCCCCAGCAGCAGGUCCCUCUCAGGAGACGCGGAGCUGCCAUGUCUGUGUCCCCUCUGUGCUCCAGCACUGGUUCUCUGUCUCCUAACCCGACUAAACUCUGCUCACUCUGCCUCCCGUGGUGUGUAA